CGCGCUGGCCGGGGGGAGGAACGGGCGGCCGCAGGGAGGCCUCAGCGCAGCUCUCCCACAGCCCUGCGGUCCCGCCCUCCCGGUGCCAUGGAAACGCGGCCCGUUGUGCCCAGCGCGGCGGGCCGCCUGGCGCCGCACGCGACUCUGCAUGGCCCACGUCCGGCCGCCUUCCAUGGCCUCGGCCAGGACCUGCUCGCUCCCGCAAGUCGCCGCCUCGAGCCCCUCCGUUUCCUUCCCCUCUUCCCCGGCGGCGACGGUCCUAACCCGGGUGCGGGCGCGGGCCGAGGCGCAGCUGAUCUCCGCGAUAGCCAGCGAGCGGGCCAUGCGCUGGAGCGAGGUUGUUGCACAUUACACAGCACUCUUGAAAACUUUGAGCAAAGAGGAACUUCCCAAAGACUUUGAGCCUGGUCCUUACUAUUCACAACUGCUAUUUGAAACCUAUUAUCAUUUAGCUGUAGCUUUCCAAAGACAGAAUCGCCAUCAGGAAGCAGUGCAAGAGCUUAAUAAAGCAAUAGACGUUGCAUCUAUCCCUAAGAUUGCCUGUCGAGUUGGCUGUGUUUCCAGAACUUUCCUUCAUACACCACUAUUUGCGAGAAGAGCGUAUGCAUAUGUAAAAUGUGAUCGUUUGAAAGAAGCAAUAGAUGACGCUAACAAGGCUGUUGAGUUAGACCCUUUGAACCCUGAUGUAUAUUGUGUUCGUGCUCUUGUUUGGAACACAAUGAAAGAAAAGAAGAAAGCGCUUUUUGAUUUAAACUGCAGCCAGAAACUAAAGCCUUGUCAUAUUUCCACUUUGAUCAUAAAGGGAAUUAUUAAAAAUUCUCUUAUGGCAACAGGGGAUCCACAGUUUGUAGGGAAGAAUAAAGAUCAUGAAAAGGCUUAUAAACUGGACAAAACUAGUAAAAAUUUCUUUGAUGUAGGAGAUUUCCAUAGUCCUAAAAUGGAUGAUUUCUAUGAUAGAUUCCUAUGGUCCCUCAAUGUUCCCCACACAAUAAUGCAAGUCAACUUGUUGGCUGGAAGUUCAUUCACUACACAGUUACCAUCUGAUUCAUUUCACAGAGAGAAGAGAAUGGACUUACUUCCCGGGCAGAGAGUGGGGUCGUUUGUCUGUAGCACUUCAACCAGUUAUCUUGACAACACUGCCUUUGCAAAGAGGGCAUCAUAUGGAAAGGCAUUGAAGGAUUCUGGUUUAAAAUUGAACGGCAGCGAGAUUUCAGAGAGGAUUCUAAGAAUUACACGGGCAGCUUCAGAAUGGUCAGAAAAGAGGACAUCCUGUAAAUCUGUGAAGGAAGAUUCACAGACAACAGAAGCAUCAACAUCUGGCGCCCUUGCAUGUAAGAAGAAGCCAGAGCAAAAGAAAUCUGAAGCCAGCAAGACCAAAUCCAAUAAAUAAGAUUUCUCUGUAAGUGUAGUUUCAAACAAUGGCCACACUUUGCCUUUCCCAUUAAAUAAGAUCAUGUGUGAUAUUUUCUGUGGUACACAGGUUUUAAAAUUAGCUUUUCCCUUUCACAAAAUUAGCUCCAGUGCUAACUUGAUGAAAUUCUGUCAUUUUUAUUUCACUUUUUAAUGUUUUGUGUGUAUUAGAGGCCCCUUGUGCCUAUAUUUCACAGAGGAAAGCAUCCAGAAUGAAACUGUCAAACAUUUGGCUAUUUGGCCAGUCCAUUUGUAGAGAAAUCACUGGCUUUUUCUGAAAAUUUUGUCACCCAGAUCCUCAGUCCUCUCUACCUCCCAAGAACUUAGUAUACCUAUGCCCCAGCUUGCCCUGAUGCACUGAAUGCGGCACCUGGAGAUCUGGCACUUUCUGUUUUAGCCAGGUCCUUCAUCCUAUACUAUGUAAUUGUGGAAGGGGAUAAGGAAACCAAUUCACCAUUGCUGAAACAAAUGAAAAGGCUUCCUGGCUAAUUACAGUAUAUUCUGUAUGAGACCAGUCUACUGUGUUACUCCAGCGGUAGGAGUAACUGAGUGACUCGGCUGUACAUCUUAUCCCAAUGAAAUGUAUUUGUGUUUACAUUUUUUUUAUUUAAAAAGUAGCUAAAAGCAGUUCUUGUUAAUACAACUCAGUCUCUCCUGUCCUACCUCCUACUCAAAAUAGUUCACUCCAUUCAGCAGAAAAACUGCAGGAACCAUGCUCCUUACCUCCAAAGCCUAGGCUGGAAGGACAUUGUCAUUAAAAUAAAAAAGUCUCUAGACUAUGAUGCAGCUCCUGAGUCGUACUUUUCUACCUGUUGGGACAGAGAAUCCUUCCCUCCAGUUUUCCUGUGAGUGCCCAUAAAAAGUUAAGUAGCACAUUCCUCUCUGACACCAGUACUUCUGCCACCUCAAACAGUAGUUUCCUGGAGCACUGAGUGAAGUUUUGUAUGGUGAGGUAGUAGCACCAGUAUGAAUUAAAAGGGGUGGUGGGCCUCUCAGACUCUUUUCUUUUAAAAAUUUCAUUUCAAAAUAUUAGGCAUAAUGUUCAACAUACUGUAAAGUACAACUGUCAAAAUAUUCUAAAAUGAGGCAGUCAUUGUUAUGCACCAUAGCUAUUAUGAGUCACCAAUAGCUCAAUAGUGUGACAUAUGGGAGGCUGUUCAGCUAAUUAUGUGGGCUAGAAUAUCCGUAUUCUCAUGGUUUAAUUUGAGGUCCUAAACUAGGUAGAAUUAUAAUUUCUUUCUUUCUAAUAUAGCAUCCAUGUCCAAGCAUAAAUUUUUCUUUCCAUGCAUUUAGUGGAUGGACACCACACAAGAUGCCACCUCCAGCCUUUUCUUAGGCUUUAAACUAUGGUUCUGCUUCGAGUGCUGUCCCUGUGGGUGCUCCACUUUAGGUGUUUGUGCUGUCAGCACCGGGAGCUGAAGUAAUGGAAAAUCCCAGCACCGUCAGCACUGCUAGAGACAGAGACUCUACAGGAGCAGGCUCCGAUGCAGGCACUAAGGGGAAAUCAAGACCCUGUGCCUCUGCACUGCGAUGUACGUUCAUUCCACGGGCAGGCAUCCAAUACCGGCACCGGCUGUGCUGUCAGCACCGGGAGCUGAAGUAGCGGAAAUUCCCGGCACCGCUAGAGCCAGAGACUCUACAAGAGCCGGCUCCGACACAGGCACUAAGAUGAAACCAAAACCCUGUGCCUCCGCAUUGCGAUCUACAAAUGGUGGCGCGGUGCCACUACAAAAGGCAGCUUCUUCAAAAGUUCACCUAACACGCACAGAGGCGCAGCCAGCAGCGCUGCCUUCUCUGCAGCCCUGGCACUAACAAGGAGGCAGCCCCAGGGGCCAAUCAAACCAUCACAGCAGCAGUUCCUCAGACAGAGGGUUCUGGUAUUCAUCUCUGCCCCUGAUCCUCCUAUCUGUGGUACCAAUACGAGAAUGAUACCCUCGGCACCAAGUCUCCUUGUGUCCCCGACAUCACUCACUGUCUCGCUCCUUAUUUGAAGGAGGAAGAUGAGGAAGAACAGGGAGCUAUUCCCCCAUCGGCUCCUAUCCAUCAGGAGUCAGUAAACUCAGGAGUCUCACCUGGGGCAUAUUAUGCUGUCCCUGGGUACUUACAGUGGUAUGGGGACCCCCUAUGCCGCUCCCAUCCCAAUGGGCAUACUGGACUCCAUGGGUCAUAUGCCCCACACAAGGGGGGACUGCCCACCACGGCCAGACCCAGCACACAGUAAUUCCCCACAGCUUCUGUACCAGCACCCUCAGUGGUACCAGGGGAAGAGGAGGAAGAACCUCCACCCCUGCAGGGGACAUCACUUACCAUCAUUGUCCGCAGAGGACAACUUUAUGCCUCCUCCCCCUAAUAGUGGGGAUGAUUUCAAACUGUUCCAUGGCUUAUUUGAGAGGGUGUGGCCCUCUCUGGACAUCUCUCUUGAGGAGAUCCCGGUGAUACAGCAUGGGCUAGUGGACUUUUUGCAUACAGCUGCUUUGUUUAAAAAAAAAAUUGCCCUUCACAUGAAUGAGGCACUGAUGGACCUUGUAAGGGUCAUUCUGUGGACCCCUAUGGCUGCCCCUCCAGCUGGUGGGAGGUCUGACAGGAGGUGUGUACCAACAAAGGGCAUGGAUUCAGCACCUGAUUUCUUAGUGAUAGACGCAGUCCAGCGACAUGGCAUGCAACAACAGCCCUGAAACACAACUCAUGAUAAGGACUGGAAAAGACUUGAUCAGUUUUGGCAAUAAGGCUUACUCCUCGGCUAUCCCUCAUCUCCGCAUAGCCAACUAUGCAACAUGACUAACAAAAUACAACUAUACAAACUACACAAAAAUGUCCAAAUUGACUAACUUUAUUGCCAAGGACAAGGGAGAACAAUUUGCAGCACUUGAUUCUGAGGACAGGGCUGCAACAUCGUUGUCGAUGGUGGUUGUAAUGAGAAGGGCCUCAUGGCUCUAUCUUUUUGGCUUCCCCGCAGAGGUGCAAUCCACAGUGGAAGACUUGCCAGCCCCAGUUAUUUACCAAAAAGACAGAAGACUCACUCCACUCACUCACGGACUCACGAGUGACUCUCUGAUCCUUGGGAACCUAGAACCCCAAACUGAACAGGAAACAGAGGAAUUACUUUACACCCCAGUGAUACCACUGGCCAAUGUAUUCAAACAACAACAGGGUGAUUUGACUCACAGGGUCGCAGACACAGUCCCUGAGGGGCCAACAAUCUACUUCUCAAGUUGCUGCAUCCCAACCAUCAACUUCCCCUAACAAGAACUCCGGUGGAUGGACACCAAUGCUUGACCUCCAAUAAUUCAACAAGUUUGUCAGAAACACAAUGAUUCCAGAUGGUCCCACUAUACACUAUAAGCGACUGCCUGCUAAAAGUGUCAACCCAGUAGACAGCAUUGCAAGCCACUGAAGAGGUGGUAACCCUCUUCAUGAAUCUGGGCUUCCUAAUAAAUACCGACCAGCCCACUCUAACAACAGUGCAAGAGCUGGACUUCAUUGGGGCCCACCUCAACUCUCUCAAGGCUAUAAUCUCACUACCGAGACACCGUUCUCUCACUCUCACCAGCCUCAUACCUACUGCGUGAAAUAGCCCACAGGUAUCUGCCAGGACUUGCUCCCAACUCCUUGACUACAUGGCAGCCACAACAUUUGCUGUCAGACACAUCAGAUUAAACAUCCGUUGCCUACAAGGAAGGCUAUGUAUCAGCUUUGUUCCACACAGGCAUGGCAUAAACAUGCACCCCAUGAUACUGGGCAAAAUAAAGGACUCCCUUCUCUGGUGGGCAAAACCGACCAACGUAUGCACGGGAGCACCCUUCAUUCAGACCACAAAUGUCUCACUCCUGGGAUGCGGAGCACACCUGCACCCACAUUCUGUAUAGGGCUGCUGAUCCCUUGCAGAAUCCCUUCAACAUAUAAACCUAUUGGAACUUCAAGCUGUCCGCAACGCUUGCUCCCAAUUCCUGCCACUCAUCAAGGACAAGGCUAUUUGAAUCCAUGAAUCUCACUCCCACUUCUGUCUCACCCACUGUCCCAGGACUCAGGCCAUGUCCUGGAUCCACAGAAACUCAGUCUCAGAGCAUGGCUCCUCCAUGGCUCACGGAACCUGAGCUGACCUGUUCAGAUGAGAUAUAAACUAUAGUUACACAGUUGAACAGAAAUGAACUGUCGCCCAUACACCCUGAAGGGGAGACAAGUUAAGACCUGGUGCCAACUAAAACGGAUGACUUCCAUUCCAGGGACAUUACCCUCUAUACUGCGUUACCUAUUAGAACUCAAAUGGUCAGACCUAUACAUGAGCUCAAUAAACGUCCAUCUACCUACCAUCACAACAUUCCACCCCAGGUGGAUUGCCAUCCCGUCUUUAUCCAUCUACUGACCCAGUGUUUCCUCAGAGGACUCAAUAAUGCAUACCCUGAACUAUGUGAGCCUACUACACCAUGGGACCUGAACGUGGUCCUUCGGAUCAUCACCUCUUCCCCGGUUGAACCCAGGAAGACAUAAUCACUACUACACCAUUCUAUGAAAGAGCAUUUCUUCUGGCAGUGACAUCUGUCGGACAAGAGGGAGCACUGUGAGCUUUCAUGGCGGAACCCCCAUACAUGGUCUUCUUUGAGGAUAAAGCCUUCCUCAGACCACACCCCUAAACCCCACACAGAUAGAACACAUUACACACUUCAUAAUCUUGAUGUUCGGAGAGCAUUGCUUCUUACAUAGACAGGACUAACCCAUCCCAUAAAUCAUCCAGACUGUUUCUAUCCAUCACUGAAUGCUUCAAAAGGAGCACCAUCUCUAAAUAAAGACUUUCCACAUAGAUCCAUAAUCGCACAAAACUCUGCUAUCAUCAGUGUGACUGCCAGUCCCUCAUGGGGAUUCGCUCACAUCCCACUAGAGCUUUAUCAGCCUUCACGGCUUCCCUGCACAAUGCACCUGUCACAGACAUUUGUAGAGUUGCUGCCUGGGCCUCAGCCCAUACCUUUAGACAGCACUAUGCCUUAGAGCAACAGGCAACAGCUGAUACCUCCUUCGGAUGCUCUCUACUAUCAGAGGUCACGACUUCAACUCCGAAGCACCUCCUUCCAUUGGAGGGCACUGCUCUGAAGUCACCUAAAGUGGAGCACCCACAGGGACAGCGCUCGAAGAAGA